AUAUAGCUCAGAAAAGCUAUUCUUGGAUAUCCUGAGUCCUUGUGGUCGUGGGGGACCCUGAGUUGUGCAACACUCAGCAUGACAGCACAAAUAUACUUAAAAAUUUUCCUUCUCACCCCCGGAUUCCAUUUCCCCAUCAGCCAGGGCCGCCUAUAAAGAGCAGGGGAGAUGGCUUCGCACUUCAGAAGGGCGCAGGCAGCAACAAGUGCCCAGCACCGCCUCAGCUCUGCUGACACUCGGGCCCACACUCCAUCCGCUCAGCAUCAUGAAGGUCCCCGUGGCUGCCCUUGCCGUCCUCCUCUGCACCAUGGCCCUCUGCAGCCAGGUCUUCUCUGUACCAUUCGGUGCCGACACCCCAACUGCCUGCUGCUUCUCCUACGUCUCCCGGCAGAUUCCGCGCAAAUUCAUAAACGACUAUUAUGAGACCAGCAGCCAGUGCUCCAAGCCAGCCAUCAUCUUCCAAACCAAAAGAAGCCGGCAGGUCUGUGCCGACCCCAGCAAGGUAUGAGUCCAGGAAUACAUC